ACGGCCACAGACAUUCUCUCCUUUAGCCAAUCCAUCCACUCCCCUUCGUGUUUUGUGGUUAAACUCUCAAACUCACUUCCCCUCUGAUCCAAACCAAACCACUCCAUCUCUCAGCUAUGGCCGCCGCAAGAGUCUUAGCCAAUGCCACCACAACCGCUGCCGCCUCCUCUUUCUUCUCUAAGACCUCCUUUCUCCCCAACCACACCCUCCCAUUCAAUUCCAAUUUCAUUUCCCUCUCCAGAAGACUCCCCUCCUCCAGAAAAUCAUUCUCCUGCAGAGCUUUGUAUCUCCCUGAGGUCAAGAUCAAGGAGGAAGGCCAGCCUGAAACCCUCGAUUAUCGCGUCUUCUUCACUGACCAGUCCGGCAAAAAGGUCUCCCCUUGGCAUGAUGUACCACUGCAUUUGGGGGAUGGUGUUUUCAACUUCAUUGUUGAAAUUCCUAAAGAAACUAGUGCAAAGAUGGAGGUUGCAACCGAUGAGCCGUUCACUCCUAUAAAGCAAGAUACCAAAAAGGGGAAGCUUCGCUACUACCCCUACAAUAUCAACUGGAAUUACGGAUUACUUCCACAAACAUGGGAAGACCCAUCCUUUGCUAACUCUGAAGUUGAUGGUGCCUUUGGAGACAAUGAUCCCGUUGAUGUCGUUGAAAUCGGUGAAAGUGAUAGGAAGAUAGGCGAGAUUCUAAAAGUAAAACCACUGGCUGCUUUAGCUAUGAUUGAUGAAGGGGAACUUGACUGGAAAAUAGUUGCAAUUUCACUUGAUGAUCCUAAAGCUUCAUUGGUAAAUGAUAUAGAUGAUGUCGAGAAACAUUUCCCGGGAACUUUAACUGCUAUUAGGGAUUGGUUUAGAGACUACAAGAUCCCCGAUGGAAAACCUGCUAACAAAUUUGGUCUGGGAAACAAGCCUGCAAACAAGGAUUAUGCCCUUAAAGUUAUUGAAGAGACCAACAAAUCUUGGGCCAAUCUUGUUAAGAGAUCAAUUCCUUCCGGUGAGCUAUCUCUUGUAUAGAAUCCGUAGUUUGUAGGAUUAUGCAGGUUCUAAUUAUGUAAGUGCUCCAAUUGAAACCGAAUCCGUCAUUUAUAUGUUUAUAAUGAUGUAGAACCCAUUUUCCAUUUUUGAGACAGAAUAAUGUAUGACCAUUUGGUGGUUUUGAUUU